CCUCUCUAGCCUUCCUUCACCAAUGGCAACCACCACAGCUGCCGCCGUCGCCGCCACCUCCCAAUAUCAACAAGACCGCGCCAGAGACAUGUGGCGGCGCUGCCUCGCCUCCGCCUUCCGCACGGCGCUGGCGUGCACCAUAGUGGGCGUGGCCACCCUCUACGGCCCGGGCUUCAUAACCCGCCACGUGGCAUUCCCGGCCUUCUCCUACGUCACUGUCAUCCUCAUCGUCACCGACGCCACAUUGGGCGACACCCUGCGCGGCUGCUGGCUGGCCCUCUAUGCAACCGCGUUGGGUGUCUUCCCGGGCAUCCUGAGCCUCUGGCUCAUCGGCCCGGGAAGGCUCACUGCUGCCACCACCUCCGCGGUGGUGGCAGUCAGCGCCUUCGUCGUGGCCCUGCCCGAGGGCACGCACCUGGUCGCCAAGCGGAUAGCCCUCGGACAGAUUGUGCUCGUGUACGUCAUCGCCUUCAUCAACGGCGGACGCACCGAGCCCGUCAUGCACCCGCUCCACCUCGCCGCCAGCACCGCCCUCGGCGUGGCCGCCUGCGUUUUGGCCCUUUUGCUUCCCUUUCCUAGCUUGGCCUAUUGGCAGGUGACAGAAAAUUGCAAAUUGUAUAUCGACAAUGCAUCGGAGAGAUUGAAGCUAUUCGUAAAGGCGUUUUCUGCUGAAGACAAGUCAUCACCCAAGAUUUUGAUCUGUCAAGCCAAAUCUCUUAACAAGGCAGCAAAUAAAUUUCUCCAUUGCAUUAAAUCCAAACAAGAAAGCAUGCAGUGGGAGAGAGAACCAAUCAAGUUUCUAAAAUCAUACAAGAAAAAUCCAGCACAACCAUUGCAAGGCCUGGAGACAAUCCUGAGAGGAAUGGAAAACGCUCUCGAAAAUUGCUCUGAAUUCCCAGUCUCAUUCAUGAACGACGCACAACUCAAACACGAUUUAUCUUGUGCGGAAGAGCAAAUCCUGAACCAAGUGAAGAACAUGGCCUUACAAAACUCAAUUCUCCCACAAUCCGAAGAUAGCGAAAAACAACACAAGUUCCUCCAAACACUUCAGCCAACUUCACUAAAUCUAAAGGACUUGUCCUCUCUGUUCUUCCUCUUCUGCCUCAAACUCCUCCACUCCAAACCAUCCCCGAAUCCGAAUCCCGAUCAGAAACAACAGGCGCAGCAGAAGGAAACAAUCAUGCCCAAACUAUGGAGCAAAGGGAGGCUAAUGCCUGCUUUAAGAUGCUCUUUGUCAUUAGGAUUCGCUGUGUUUUUUGGGCUGAUAUACAGCAAGGAAAACGGUUACUGGUCGGGGCUGCCUGUCGCGAUAAGCCUUGCCUCAUCGAGGGAGGCCACGUUCAAAGUCGCGAACAUCAAAGCUCAGGGGACGGUUCUUGGAACAGUGUAUGGAGUGAUCGGAUGCUUCGUUUUCGAAAGCUAUGUUAAAAUAAGGUUCGUGUCGCUGCUGCCGUGGUUUAUCUUCAGCUGCUUUCUGAGGCAGAGCAGGAUGUACGGCCAGGCCGGGGGAGUCUCUGCUGUCAUCGGCGCGUUGUUGAUUCUUGGGAGGAAAAACUUCGGGACUCCUAGCGAGUUCGCCAUUGCUAGGAUAACCGAGACUUUUAUCGGGCUGUCGUGUUCGAUAAUGGUGGAUAUUCUGCUGCAGCCCACCAGGGCUUCUGCCCUGGCGAAAGUGCAGCUGGCAGCGAGCCUGCGCUCGCUGCAUGAGGCCGUGGAGGCCGUGAGUGUUGACUACUCGUCGUGCAGGUUAGUAUUCGAGGAGAGGAUGAAGAAGCUGAGGAUGGAUGUGAUUGAGCUAGGGAAGUUCAUUGAGGAAGCUGAGGUGGAGCCUAAUUUCUGGUUCUUGCCUUUUCAUGGUGCUUGCUAUGUGAAGAUGAAGGUGUCUCUGUUGAAAAUGGUUGAUUUCUUGCAUUUUGGGAGCCAUGCUGUUAGGUUUUUGGAGCAAGAAUGUAGAGAAUUGGAUGGUAAGAUGUGGAGAGAGGGUGCAUUGAAGGUGGAGUCUGAUUUGAAGGUGUUUAAGGAUGCUGUGUGCUGUGGGGUGAAGUGUUUUGAGGAGGUUAUUUUGGUAAAAUCGGUUGCGGGGCUGGAAGGGAAGGGAUGCGUUGAUCUGGAGAUGGGGAAGUCGGGCGGGGGGAAGUGGUUGGGGAGGGACGAGGACGGGAUGAGGAAGAGCGCGGCGUCGUUUAUGCGAGAGAUGGAGGGAGGUGAUGGUGUGAAGAAUGGGAUUGUGUUGAGUUUGGGGGCAUUGGUUUAUUGCAUGGAUGGGGUGUUGAGAGAGAGCAAAGAGAUUGAGAAAGGAGUGAAGGAGGUUUUGCAGUGGGAGAAUCCCUCAAGUCAAGUGGAUGUGCAUAACAUUGUGUGUAAAUUGCGUGCUUUAAAGAAAGGUGUAAACUAAUACUACAUCAUACUUAACAAAGAAUGCCAAUUCAUAACAUUUUCAAAUAAUGCAUCAUACUUUGUAUAGUAGUACUAAA